AUUUCGUUGUACCCUGUACAAUGACAAUAAAGGCUAUUCUAUUCUAUUCUAUUCUAUUCUAUUCUAUCUCCACAUAGAUGUGGCCUAUAUCACACAUAUAAAAUAAAUAAAUGAAAGACUGCUGUGGUUGAAACUGGAAAAAAAGUAUUUCCAUCUCUGACCAACUCUGACCUUUGCCUUUGCUCAUGAGCUCUGGGCAGUUAGGAAAUAAAUAACUUUUAGCCUCUUAUGAUCCACCAGGUUUCUGGGCUUGGACUUCUACAGGGGGAUCUAAAAAUAGCAGACUAGAAGGAGUGCAGAAGUGCAGAAGGAGACGACCUUGAAGAUAAAUCAAAUUUUAAAAAGCUGAUCAUGGACUACGCUGAACGUAUCUUGACGCUUACCACAACCAUCAAAAAGAUGGUUGACACUGUGAAGUCCAAUAAGGAGUACUGCAGUCGGAUUGCAGACAGAGUCAAAGCUGUUGAAGGACUGGUUUUAAACAUCAGACAGAGGGAUCCAAGCCAAAUCUCUGAUACUGUCGAUGGAGCUCUGAGGGAACUCUACGUCAUCUUGAACUCUGCCAAGACUCUGAUGGCAAAAUUCUCUCAAACCAAGGCUGUUAAGGGUUUCUUUAAGUCUGGCAGCAUUGAAGAAAAGUUCAACGAGGUGAACCAAAGGCUCACAGAGAACUUCCAGGUCCUUUCUGGUGCUCUGCAGAUUGAGCACACCAACAUGCUGCAAAAGGUGUAUGAAGUUGUUUCAAGACAAAGUACUGAGGAAGAGGUUUGCAGUAUGAUGGCUAAUACUACUCUCACACCCCCUAUGUUUCCCCCUGCCCCGGUGUCAAGUCCUACAGUUCCUAUGCCUCAGCCUGCACAAGUGUCAAGUCCUACAGUUCCUAUGCCUCAGCCUGCACAAGUGCCACGUCCUUCAGCUCCUAUGCCUCAGCCUGCACAAAUGUCAAGUCCUACAGUUCCUAUGCUUCCCUUUGCCCCGAUGCCAAGUCCUACAGUUCCUAUGCCUCAGCCUGCACAAGUGUCAAGUCCUUCAGUUCCUAUGUUUCAGCCUGCUCCAGUGUCACACCCCCAACAUCCUCAGCUUCCUCCUACACCUAUUUCUAGCCCUACAAGUCCUAUAUUUUCAUCCAUACCAAUGUCUAACCCUACAGCUGCCAUGCCUGUCACCUAUGUUAUGUCCCCUAUGUCGGUGUCUACACCUUAUGUUAGACAGCCUGUCUACAAUACUACAACAUCCCGCUUUAUCAUCACCAACAACAUAGCCUCCAGACCUGUCAUGCAAGCCAUUUCUCAGGGGUCGGUCACUGGCAUCAGAACUGUUGCUCCAAUCACUCUUCCAGCUCAAAACAGGCCCAUUGUGUCAGCUUAUGUGGUCAAGAAUGCUUUUUUACGUUAAAACAAGACAAAAGUUUUGCUAAUGGAAUUUGCUUACAUUGAAUACAGUUAAGAUACUGCUUUCAAGAGUGCAGUCAGACUCAACUUAGGACCAUCUUGCUCAUCUUCACAUCAACCACAUGUCUCCUGGUUGGUUGCCCUUGUGAACACAAAGUUUGUGUAGCUGGCAGUCGGGGCUUCUGUGCCUGACAUGACCAUAUUAUGGUUAUUCUCUCUCACUGGUAUCCUAUGCAGCAAAGAAUAGAAAAAAACUGUGUGAAACUGAGUGUUUAAUUGAGCUUUGGACUUACAGGGAUUACUUGUACAUACCCAGAUCAACUUUUGAAUAUUUGGUCAUGUUUGAAAUGAAUAUCCACCAUUGGAAAAGGAUAUAUGACAGAAAACCUCCAGGCUCUUUGGACACAGCUUGCUAAUUAAGCUAGCUAGCAUGAGGUGAUUAUUGUGCCCUCCACCCUCUCAUUCACUGGAUCAUCCAGUGGUCACAUCUGACUGCAAAAAACAAAUAUACAAGCAGCCCAAGUACAAUCACUGAGGCUCUAGCUGACAUCAUGGUGUCCACAUCCAUCAUUUAUAUACAUUCUACGGUUACAACUUAAUAAGAUUAUUUUAUAUGACCUUGUGUAUAUUUAUGAUGUAUUUUGAGAUAUCCAGGAAGACUAGUAGCAACUACAUAAUAAACAAAGAUUACUGACUUUUUGGGGAAAAUAUCUUCUCAGAUUUUGGAAAGAAAAUGACUUCUGUAGUCUCUCCUGGAAGGUCUUCAGCGUGUAGCACAGUCAUGCUUGGUGACUGGGAAACAGUGAAUGUAACUUACAGUCUUGGAAAAUUCCUUCACCAACUGGUGACAUCCUACCCUCUUUGUUUUAAAUGUUUCACUAUUAACAAUAGUUUCUUUUUGAUAAUAAUGGAUGUUACAUUUGCAGUGUUUGAGCAUUUUUUUUGUUGCAUUUAUUCUGGUGGCUCCAUAGGAUAGUUUGCUGGUUUGCCAGACAAGCAAAGGACUCGUUAUUAAAGAUUGGGAGGAUUAUAAACCCCUUUGUCACAUACGGCAUCUGCUGCCAAAAAUCUGCCAAAUCAAAUAUGUGGAGCUACCCGCUGUAAAUAAGUGAGUGGGUGGAAGUAGCCUCUCUUCUUUUCUGUUGCAUUUGUUUUGCCAUUAGAUAUAUUUUGCUUUAUUAUUCUUGUGUAAUUUACAACUUGUUUUGCUGUGGGUCUAAUAAAUCAAGAAAUCUCCA